AUGGCAACCAGCAUGCGUCGCUGGGGCACAGCGGGCGCUCUCCUAGGAUGGUUUCACCUGAGGCACAGUAGGGCAUGCCUCACGGAAGCGCACAUACGGCGUGAGAUCCAGCACGCCAUUCAACGUCUUGGUGCGAGAUCCUCUCCGGCAUGGGUGGCCAUUUCAUGCGUGUCGUCCACUCUCUCCGACGAGACGUGCGAGGUGCUGGCGGAGCUGGGAGGACUAGCAGAGUUUUGUCGUCGUUCAGAAGAAUCAGAUGAACCCCACUUGGCCGUGAAGAUGGUGAAUGGCGUGUUAUGCGUCAGACAGCUUGAAGUAAAAAAGCCUCCUGUGACACAGUGCGUUGAAGUUAGAAGCCAGAAAUCAGUAAUUGAUUUGAAGGAACUAUGUGAUAAUUGCAGCCUCCUUCCUGACAAACCUGUACCUUUGACUUCUUGUCAAAGUGCCUGGAAAUUGCCUUACAUGGAGGCAACCGUUCAGCGCCUUGUGUCGAUAAUGGAACGCGUGGAGCGUGCUGUGCGGCGUCACACAAGUGAGACUGCAAUGCCUUUGUAUGUGCAGGUGGGUUACCAUGGGAAAAAAGCAAUUAUUGUUGGGCUUGGACCUCGUUCUGUGUCUUUACUCGAUCAACGCCAGAUGGAAAAGGUGUGUACUUGGGACGAAGUCGCUUCCCCUCGGUAUGAUUUGUGGCGUCUCUCACGAUACUUGCGAACGGAUGUUUUUCUACCCAUUGACGAGUUGCUGUCGUUGACGGAUGGUGUUAUCCAGGCACCGUUACUCCAGGUGGCCAUGUCAUAUCCAGAGCGUAUUUCUUUUUCGCUGGGUCCCACCAUGUGCGUUGAAUCGGCCGAUGCAGAUCGGUUUUAUGUCAACGGCGACGCAUGUAAUGAGAUACGCGAGGUGCUUGGAAUGAAGUUUUUGUUGUCUGAGGCGGAGGUGGCGCGACAUCUGACAUCGAAGAGUGAAAAACUUAGUGGUUUGACAGACGAGGAGUUACAGGACGAACGCUUAAAGCUGAAAAAUAUGGCGCCGAUGCGUCGACAGAAGCUGCGUCGGUCGAUCGUGCGAGAGGAGUUUCGGCGUCGUUUUCCACACGGAAACGCCUUCUUGAACCCCAAUGUGGUGGCGUUUCACAUUUACGACCAGAUGUUGCCAGGGGUGUGGGUUAACAAUGCGGCGGUGCGCGAGACGCUGUUGCCGGACGGCGGCAAGGGCGCGAUGCAUGUUGGGGUUGACUUCUUUGAUCAGUUCCCGCAUCUGUUCAUUACGCAGUGUAUAACAACCACCUCCCUUAACGUCAUGCGGCGCGAACAAGGCAUGGAGGAUGUUUCGAGUGACGGGGAGAAUUUGAACCAUAAUGCCUUUAGCGAUGAAGAGAUCCUGCUGUUUCUCCUGCCGCGUCUCACCAAUAAAAAGGAGGACUGGGGUGAUAACAAGGGCAUUGACGUGUUGGCAGCACUUCUCCCACGACACGUGUUCAAGUACAUGCAGAAUCACGGAGGGGCAGUGUCACGAUUGACGGCUAUCCUCAAACGGUACCCAGAGGCGUUUGAGGUGCUGGAGACAGUGGAAAAGAGUGGUGUCAAGGAAUGGAGAAGAGUACGCUUGCGCUACGAUGGCAUCACAAAAAUUGGUGCGAGGCUCGUGAACGAGCUGCAGGCGGAUGAGAGGCGCACAGAGUUCACACAACAGCAAACGAGGGAAAACGAGGAAGGAAGAUGUCAGACGGAUAAGGAUGGGGUUAGUGGCAGUAGUACCGUUCCUGCUUUGGGUGAUUAA